CCUGAAUCGGACGAUGAUGCAAUGCUUGACAUGAGCAGUGAGGCCAAGGGCUCAAAUAUCGAGAUUUCCCAGUUGUAUUCACUCUGCAAUCGGCUUUAUGGCAACUGUGAUUCUCUCCAAUGGAGCUUUGGGCCAGAAGGUGGUGCUGCAGCAGGUAAAAAGCUACCCUUAUUAUUACACUCCCAAACGGCAACAAACGUCUGUUCAAAUCCCGAGGCCAUUGGAGAAAGAAAGCGCAGGCGAAGGCAUCCGCGGCAUUGGUUGCCAUUGAAUCAGGAGCGAUUGAUUUCCUGGCUACCGGUAGCGAUGAGAAAGCCCGGAUUCAAGGCCCUGUUUCCGAAAACGUUGAAGCAGAUGGAAAAACUUCAGAGGAUAAGUCUUGUGAAGAGCGUAUCAUCGAUCAAUGCCAAACCUGGCGGAAGGGAAAAGUCCAGCCUGUCUACACGUACACAAUUGACUCGAAGCAGGGAAUUGGCUUUGGAUGUGCCCUAUCCAUCUAUUUAUCAAAGGUCAUACAGCGAUCAUGGAGCAUACGCAUAGC